CCCUGUUCGAAAUAAUCCUUGCCGACAAGGAAGAUACAAACGAGAGUCAAUCCAGUCAGACAAGCUCGAAAUUUCGACUUGUGCAUACCGCCGACCCCCACCAACCCCGCAGAGACACCGACGGCCAAUCAUAGCCAUCGCAUUAUCCCCGUCCUCGACUUUGCUACCCCGACACGACACUUCAAAAUGGCUCACCGCAGAGUCAAAGAUAUCGACUACGAUGAGGACGAAUAUGAUGACUAUUACUCGGGCGAAGAGGAAUAUGGCUACGAAGGCGCAGAGCCUGCUGCUGUCGCAGCAAACAAUGAAGACGAGCUUAGCGCCGAGGACAAAGAGCAGAUGCGCAUAGGAACUGAGAGCGUGAGAGACGCUCUAGGAGACGCCUUUACAGAUGUGACAGACGCCGCCAUACAAGAAGCUUUGUGGCAUUACUACUAUGAUGUCGGCAAAUCUGUCACGUAUCUCAAGAACCAGAGUGCUCCCCAGCAAGCGCAACCAAAGAAGCAGAAGCAAGUGUCCAAGUUCGACCAAGCUGCUACGUCGGCUGCUCAGAAACCAGUUGACAUAAAGGGUCCAAGCCCUGAUGACGUUGUCAUGCAAGCACAGGCAAAAGCCUCGGGCGCAAAGAAACAGGCCUCUCAAAAUAAAGACUCCAAGUCUGUUACGAAUGGUGUCUCCAACCUCAGCCUGGAAGAACCACAAACAAGUCAGAAGGUCAAGAGCAGAAAUCUUGAUGUCGUGGCAGAACAUGCAAAGGCUGGACGUAAGAAUGCUGCCAGCUUUGUUGUUAUUGGACAUGUCGACCACGGAAAGAGUACCCUCAUGGGCCGUUUGCUGUACGAUUUGAAGGUCGUCGAUCAACGUUCGCUCGACAAAUUCCGCAAAGAAGCCACGAGUAUUGGUAAAUCUUCUUUUGCCCUGGCUUGGGUCAUGGACUCGACAUCAGAAGAGCGCGAACGUGGUGUAACAGUCGACAUUGCCACCAACAACUUCGAGACCGACAAGACAAAAUUCACCAUCCUGGAUGCUCCUGGACACAGAGAUUUCAUCCCAAAUAUGAUUGCUGGAGCCAGUCAAGCUGACUUCGCCGUCCUCGUCAUCGAUGCCGGAACCAACAGCUUCGAAGCAGGUCUGAAGGGCCAGACAAGAGAACACGCUCAGCUUGUCCGCAGUAUGGGCGUCCAGCGCAUCAUCGUAGCCAUCAACAAGAUGGACAGCAUCAACUGGGCUCAAGAUCGCUUCGAAGAGAUCCAGCAGCAAAUUUCCGCUUUCCUGACCACCACCGGUUUCCAACAGAAGAACAUUGCAUUCAUCCCCUGCUCUGGUCUUACUGGCGAGAACGUCGUCACACCGGCACCGGAAGCAGCAUCAUGGUACACCAAGACAUCCAACCCUCAAACUCUAGUCCAAGCUCUCGAAGCCCAAGAACCGACGAAAGCCGCCCUGACAUCUCCCCUCCGCCUCCCCAUCUCCGACAUCUUCCGCGGCGGCGUCACAAACCCCCUUUCCAUCUCCGGCCGCAUCGAAGCUGGCACCCUCCAAGUAGGCGACACCCUAAUCGCCAUGCCCGCCAGCGAAACCGCCAGCAUCAAAGGCAUAGAAGUCGACAACGAAGCCGCCGACUGGGCAGUAGCCGGCCAGAUCGUAACCCUCCACCUCACAGAAAUCGACCCCGUACAUCUCCGCAUUGCAGAUUUGCUCUGCGAUGCACGCAAACCCGUCGCCAACAUCAAAGCUUUCACGACCAAGAUAUUGGCAUUCGAGCAUGUUAUGCCCAUGACUGUGGAUAUCCAUCGCGGACGCAUGCAUGUGCCUGGAAGAAUCGCGCAGAUGACUUGCGUGCUUGAUAAAAGCAGUGGUGCCAUCACGAAGAAGAAGCCUAGAGUUGUGCAGCCGGGAAGUGUGGCGAGAGUUAGGGUGGAGUUGGAUACUGCUGUGCCGCUUGAGGUACCUGGAAGGAUUGUGUUGAGAUCUGGUGGUAACACUGUUGCUGCUGGUUUAUUGGAGGAGGUUUUUGCAUAGAUGUGAUAAAGCGGCAUCAUGAAUAGGCAUCUCAAAAAAGCAUGGAUGAAUUUCGAAACAUGAAUG